GGGUGAAUGUGGCCUAAAAUUAAAAGUCACUUUCGAGAAGCUACUAUGAUAACUUCAAUGGAAAGUCAAUUUUUGGGCUCAUGUAUAUCUAUUUUCAACUUUCUAGAUUUUCAAGAAACAAGGAUUUAUAACUUCCAAGUUUUUUUUGGCUCAUACAAUCACAAACCACUGUAUGAAAGCCUUUGCGAACAUAAUUACCAGAAGAAAAGUGGGAGAUGGGGACGUUCGUCUCCCGCCCAUAACUCUCCUCCAAGAUCUAACCGCCUAAAUUCCAGAUAUUUCUCUCUCUCUCACAAUCUCCGAAACCCUGUUCGCCCACUCAAAUCCAUCCAUUCAUCCUUCUUCGUYGUUACGUCACCUCAGAUGAUUGUUCAGGAAUCAGUGUGAAACUACAGGUACUUGUUAUCUGGGACAGAUGUGUUAGACUAAGAGACAUACAGAAAAGUGGUUUGUUGAUGUUAUUGGGGAGAUCCUAGAUGCAUUCAUUGGCUUGGUGCCUUGGUGAUGCAGAGGAUAUUAGACACAGCUUGAAAUGGCAAAAGGUACCAGGGGCCGGUGCAUUGCUUCCCGUCAAUACAGGUCAACUCCAUAUCCAUUACCAUCUUACCAUGAAGAGGUUAUGGAGAAGGAAAUCAACCAGAAAAAGUCCAAUGCCUUGGAGAAGAAUGACUGGGAGGAUGCAACCUGUUCAGUGUGCAUGGAGUAUCCUCACAAUGCUGUCCUCCUCCUUUGUUCCUCACAUGACAAGGGAUGUCAUCCCUACAUGUGUGGUACCGGUUAUCGCUAUUCCAACUGCCUUGACCAGUUUAAGAAAGCCUACACCAAUGUGAAGUCACCCCUUCAUGGGCAAACAUGGCAAGGCUCAACGAACAAUUCAACUGUUAGCUCAGGCUUUGGUUGGUCCAACGAGAAGUGUGAAGUAGUGGAACUCACAUGCCCCCUCUGCCGGGGCCAGGUGAAGGGGUGGACAGUGGUCGAAGCUGCACGUGAUUAUCUUAAUAACAAGAAGAGAAGCUGUAUGCAGGAUGACUGCUCAUUCGUUGGAACAUACAAAGAGCUCAGGAAACAUGUCAAGGAAGAACACCCAUCAGCAYGACCUCGAGAAUUGGACCCCAUACUUGAACAGAAAUGGAGAAGGCUUGAACGUAAGAGAGAGCGUGAUGAUGUGAUCAGCACACGCUUGAGGCAACUCGAGAAGGGCUUCCACCACACACUGGAUGAAAAUCUUCGUGGUGGAAUUGGAAUCCCUCGUCUUGCAGUUCCUACUGGUGGAAGUGGCACCACAGAUGCUAAUGAUGAUGAAUCUUCUGUUGCCACCCGCCGAAGAAGACUGUUGGAAUUGGCGAGGUCAGAGAGGAGGUUGAACUGAAGAAAUAGGAGAACAUUGAUAGAUGUGACAUAAGAAGCUUUUAGGGGUAGGGGUAGACCUGUUCAUGGGCCGAGUGGCCCGACGGGCCAGGCCGGGCCGG